CUGCGCCUUUGCAGUUUGUGCUCAUCAGUCAGUCAGUCUUACGGACGCGCGAUUUACGUUUGACGUUUAGUUUCGGAUGUGUAGUUCGACCGAAUUCGUCGAUGGUCGUAUGUUUGAUGGUGAUACUUGACGAAAGAACUCGAAUUCGUAUGCGGUUGGCUGGUGUCUCGUGGUGUGACGCUUUCUGGUAAGAUUGUAGUAGCACGUUUCGCUAUGACGCAAGUGCUUUGGCCGCAAGAAGCGCAGUGACGACUCGCCCGUAAGCCUGCCGACAUCCUCGACAGCCCUACGAUGGAGUCGAUCAGAAAAUGGUUCUACAGGCCUAAGAGGGACGACACGAGCCUGCUCGCUCAGUUUUUCUACGCGGACGAGUCUUUGAACGCGGUCGCUUGCGAGUUGGACUCGUUCGAUGGUCGUCAGGAGCCAGAAAGAUGCACCACGUUGGUCAACCAGCUGCGCCACUGUCAGGACAAAGUGUUAACGAUAUGCAGUCAAAUAAUGGACGAUCUGAUUCCGGAGAGCAGGGCGAACCGAGACUUCAGGGUGAAAUUUCCUGACGACGUGAUGCAGGAGAAUCUCGCUGGACAGCUGUGGUUCGGAGCUGAAUGUUUGGCAGCUGGAUCCUCGAUCAUGAACAGGGAGGCUGAAAGUUCAGCCAUGAGACCGCUGGCAAGGGCUUUGACUAAGUCGUUGGACAUCGUCAGGAAUUUGCUCAGAGAGCACGCGUUAAAAGGUCACAUGAACCUGAAGUACCUUUUUCAGACGCAAUACCCGUUGGACCCAUCCUUGGAGAAGCUGAUCGAGUCGCUGAAGAUCUUCGACCGGUUGUUCGCUGAUUUCGAGCUGUGCUAUGUGGGCGCCAUGGUGCCAGUGAAAUCGACGAAGGAGUACGAGCAGCAGGAGCUCGUUUGCGUUUUAUUUUCGGAGACUCUGCAAAGAGCUCUCGAACGUGGAUUGCUCAGCCAGGCCGAUGUAGAUAAUUACGAGCCAGCUCUGAUGUUUACUAUUCCUCGUUUGGCGAUUGUUUCUGGCCUUUUGGCUCCGCCUGGAGGCCCUCUGUGCCUCAAUUCCCCCGACAACAUCAGCGAAGUGUUUAGACCUUUUAGGUCGCUUCUCCUAAAAAUAAGAGAACUUCUUUGGACGUUAAACAACCGCGAGCUCUACAUGCUGGAGAAACUGCUGUGCUCGAACGAGGAGCCGCCGGGUCCCAUCACGCAGUCGUCAAAGUCGUCCGCGUGCCAGGACAUUCCCGACCUGGAGGAAUUCGUUCACAAUUUUUAUACCGGUUAUCCGAACUGUAAAGACUUCAUCGUAGAUUUUUACACAGUGACGAGAAACACGGGGAACAAUAUGGACGAGGUGGCGGACGACGUGGUUCAAAUCUUAGAGGAAGAAAGCCGUUUGACAGAAGGGAAUAGCGAUCAGGAGGCGGAGGUCCGGAGAACAAUGAUAGAAACCGGGCCUAAUCGCUUAAACAUAUCCGUAAACGGGUACGAGGAGGCUGUGAGGUGUAACGGUAACACGAGGACAUCCAGUGAACGAGAAAGUGUUGGUGAUGAAGUGCAGUAUCAUAUUAAAAAGCCAGCUAGCUCUUCGAACAGCAGUAGAUACUUAUCUUGCGACGAUAGUCCUUGCUCCAGAAGAAUAGAAUGUCCCGCGAGUCCUGUUUCAAUGGUAGAUUCGAUGGUGGAGCAGGUCGUUCCAGAAGAUAGUAUUUCAAGCGUAAACGAGAACAGAUGCGGCGAACAAUUACACAAACAGCAAGACGAAUUUAUCACCUCGGAUAUCACCGAGAUUUUAGGCAGCUCUGAUCAUCACAUCGAAAUCCCUCAAACGCAGUACCUGCUGAACCAAGUGUCGCACGAGAACAACGUGACUGGUGAGACGGUACACAUUCAAAACUCUUUGCCUGACUUGGAUUCGAAGAAGCUGAUAUCCGAGGCGAAUAAAACGUUAUCGAAUUUGUUGCUGGAUGGAGAGUGUCAGAACGAGAUCUCCGAGCAGACUGACUCGGGAAUUUGUACGGUGAUUUCGUCGGAGAAUACCAGUCUGUACGAUAAGAGUCCCGAAGAGAAGAAAACUUUCGCCAACGAGAUUCAAGAGGACGAGCACGGAUUAGAUGACGAAGACACGCAAGAGAAUACCAGUUAUUCUUGUUCCAAUUUGAAUUCACCGAAGAGAAAGAGCUCCACGAUAUCGGAUAACUCGUGCGUCUGUAGUUUAAGAAGCGUGAAGACAGUCGCGUCGUUGGACCACUCGAUCGAGGUACACAAUCUGCACGCGGCCAACACAGAGGCUGUGAAAAACAUUCCACGAAUAUCGUCAAACUUCGAUGGGACGAACGAAGAGUUCGUUGGAGUCGCGUACGGCAACGGGCAAAUUUCCGUCUGCGACUCGAACCAGUCUAGUUUUCAGAUCAAUUAUUCAGAAAAUUGGGAAAAUCUGAAUUUAAGCAUUGACGCGUCUACUUCGAGGAAAGAAUUCUGGAGCGAUCUGAAGUGUGAAAACUGCCCGUCCACGUCGCAGAACAUUGAGAAGAUCGGCUCGAAGAUCGAGCAGUAUUCCCCGGAUAAGAUCACAACGUCGAACAAGAUGAAGGACGAGAAGCAGAAGAGACGGCAUCAACGUAAGCACGAACGGAACGGGCAAAAACUUCAUCACGCGGUACAGGAGAGCAGGGUGCAGAACUUUCAAAACGUACGCUCGUCGGCGAGCACGGAGAGCUCCAGAUCAAACUCGACGGAUCGUUGUUUGAACCCUAGGCUGAUCAGUUACGGAGCAAGUCUGCAUCCUAGCCAGAACACCAGGCAGAUGCCUAAUUUUGGAAGCAGCCCUCACGCUAGUCCGCGAUUGCAGCACUUCGAAACUCGUAGCACGCCUGGAUCAGGCCAGAGGACUUCUAGCAUCGCUUCCAGAGCUCAGAGAAACUCGUCCCCGCAAAAUAGAAAGCUUCUCGAUCAUAGAAGAUCUAGGUCAGAGCAAAUUAUCAGAAUGAAGAGGAGAGACUUUGAAAAGAGAGAUAAGUACGAACGAGCUAAUCCCAGGUCGGAGCAGACCAAGAGAAAAUUAGGAAAUAGAAGUCCUAAUGAACUGAUGAACGAUGGUUUGGGACCAAGAACGGAUAAAAGCGGCCUGGCAAACGAGAUAAUCUCGCCGGUCACAACGCAGACCGUGUCGUAUGGGACACAAAAAGACAAUAACAUGCAGAGAGCCACGCGAGCUGUGAGGCUGGUGAACGCAUCCACAGUUCAAGGGACGCAGUCGGUCAGUUCGGAUCAUAUCCUGGUUCAUAAGCCGGAUGUUGGGUCCAGUUCAAGCUGCUCCAGUUGCUGUGACUCGAGCUCGGAGACCAGCGAGUUUCAGAGCGAUUGUCAGGACGACGAGGAGAUAGCCUUGGCUAUGCAGGCCGCUGAGAUUGCGAACAAUUACAAGAUUCGAGCGAAAUUUCGGUCAUCCGAGGAUCUCGUUCAUCGUUUAUUCGUUUGUAUAGCCGGUGUGGCAGAUCAAUUGCAGACCAAUUUCGCAUCGGAUCUGCGCAAUAUUUUGAAAUGUGUGUUCCUGAUGAACAGUAGUCAAACCGUGGAAGACGGUGAGAUAAAGGAUGAAAGUUCAGUAUCUGAAAAUCAUGUGACAAGUCCGUUGAAUGACACGGUUACAAAUCAUGAUCGACAGGAUUUAUUACAAGAAUACGAGGACGAUUUGGAAGAGACUGCCAUCACCACCGAUCAUAAUACGUCGACCAUAACCGAGCGUGGCGAGGAGUGUGUGGAGAGGGCACCAGCUUGGAUACCGGACAACGACGCGCCUCGUUGUAUGGCGUGUCAAGCAGGGUUCACUGUGGUGAGACGCAGACACCAUUGCAGAAAUUGCGGCAAGGUGUUCUGCGGUCGUUGCAGCAGUAACAACGUUCCCCUGCCUCGUUAUGGGCACACGAAGCCUGUCAGGGUAUGCAACAGGUGUUUCCUGUAUCAAGUGACGCCGUUCACGGUAUCCCCAGUUACGCCAGCGAGCUGAGCUUUGAAACAACGAGGUGUGUGACGAGGAUGAAUGAUAGAAAAUGAAUCGUUUACUUGGUAUUUUAAAAUGUUAGGCCCGUUGUCGCGCGCCCGCGGAUCAUUGCAUCCGUUUCCUUUUCUUCUAACUAUAACGAUCGAAAAUAGUUAUCUUUCGAGGUUUGCCUCUCUAAAGCCCGCUCUGUACGUUGAAACAUGAACUUACGUUUCAUGAAAUUUUUAUCAGUUUCAGUUUACUUUCGCUCAAUUUACGACAUGAUACGUUGAAUCAUGUGGUUCAAGGUGUCUGGUUAUUUUACGGUACUGGAUCGUAAGAAAUAAAAAAUUAAAGAUUUCUUUUGGAAGAAAAUUUAUUUCUUGCAAAAGUAUAUUUGGAAUCCUAAUUUCUGCAUCGAUACAAGUUCAUUGUGAUACCGAUUCGCCAAUAUAGAUCUACGUAUAUCGUAAGAUGUACCGCGAAACGUAGAUGUAAAUAUAUGCGUCGCAACGUGUUUCAAAGUUUCAACGUAUAGAACCUCCUUCAGAAUAAAUGUUACAAACACGGAGUAUGUUAACAAAUGUUUUGGUCGAUGGUGUGUACUUUCGAUUUUCAUUUGGUUUGGUAUAUUUGGAGACUGAAGAAAAUUCAUGAUAAUAUUUGUGUUCUUUUUUUUUUAUUUGAGAAUAAAAAUUAAGCGAACAUAAAUGUUCUUCGUUGAAAGUUAAUCGGAGAGAAUCGAUGAAGAUCGAAAGAACGUUGACACUACUUGGUCGUUUUUUGCGCUAUUUGUAUACUUACGUGCACUUAAAAUCGUACAGUUAGAGUAUAUGUAUAUCGGCGCCCAUCGCUAAUAUUUUUACACGACAUGAUCGAACGAUUCUAAAGGAGCUAAUUUCCAAAAGCAGUUGUACCAUAAUUUAAUCUUACUUGCGCGUAUAGGUGAUAAGGAAGUAUUCAGAAACGAAUGAAAGAAACAAAAAAAAAAAAAAAAAAAGGAAAAAGGAUAAGAAAGGAGAUUCGCAAUUGUUGCUUUUUAUUUAGGACACGUGCGAUUGUAUCACACAGAGUAUUCCCUGUAUAUCGUCUCUGUUCCCUUUUUAUUUUUCCUUUAUCUUCGUCCGCGUUCCGUUUUGAAUUUUAUCUUCUUCCGCUACGAGUGUUCACUUAAUUAUAACGGAUAAUAUAUAUAAAUACGCAAUCGAACAUCUCGUUUCAUUGUGUCAUACUUUACCCGCACGAGAAUCGUUAGUUUUAUAUUUUAUUGGAGAACUCUUUGUAGAAUGUUGGAUAUAACUUCAAACACGAGAGCAAAAAAUGCGAGGACAUAUGUGAAAUAUUGUCUAACAAUAUCAGUAUUUUACAUUUUAUUAAAUUUAUAAAUCUGUUAUAUUGUAAAAUAUUGAUUUUAUCGUGAAUGUACCGUAUAUAAUAUUAUUAAACGAGUAAUGAUAUUUUACAAACAUUGUCAGUUAAUAUCCUUUAAAAUAUUUCUUUAUAAUUUUGAUAAUAAUUUGAAUAGUUGUUAAUAAUUAUUUAAAUAUUUAUAACGCGUAUGAAUGAUCUACACAAAUAUUUCUUUAUAAGAAGUUAUAUCUACAUUUUAUAACACAUUUGUAUAAGUUUAGUGCAAUUCGUAUUCUUGAUUAGAUCGGACUAAAUCGGUUUGUAAAAGGGGGAAGAUUAUUGUCAAAGUUAUCUAUAGACUAUACUGGAUGCGACGAGUUUUGUGGUACAAGCGAGAACAGAGUGAUUGAUAGUGUAAGAAUUUGUUGAAAUUUUGAAAUAAACUUUGUUACAAGACA